AUGGGUGCAAUGAUGGACGCACUCACGUCACCGCCAGGAACAGUUGAGGAAGUCUUGACGGGAGUCGCGGUAACUGCAGCACUACUGACGGCAGCACCUGCAGUACCUGUAGCAGCUGCCGGACUAUUGGCGAAAAUAGUAGCUAAAGAAAUGUGGAAAGCGAUGCCAGCGAUGCCAGCGCUAGCUGAAGAAAUGAUAAAAACAGUGCCAGUGGUAACAACAUCCAUAUCAGCGAUAACAGCACCCAUAGCAUCGGUAGCAGUUCCCGCAAUAGCGGCAGUAGCACCUGUAGGAGCGGCAGUAGCACCCGUAGCAGCACUCCCAAUUCUAGGAGCUGCGGCCAUGGGUGGUAUAGGAGGGAUCACUUUAUAUAAAUUGGCAGGACCUGUCAUCGAUAAACUGAAAAGAUUGUUUUCGAAACCACCGCCAUUUCCAAUCCAAGCUCCAGACGCAAUGACACAAGAGAUAGUUAUUCGUCAGGCUCGUGAACGAUUAGGCAUGGAUGUUGUAAAACAAUAUAAUUUUGGUGUAGGUGGACAGAGCGGCUCAGGUAAAUCUACGUUUAUCAACUCUAUACGAAAUCUGGCUGAUGUCAAGGCCUGUCCAGAGUUGGUCUAUCGAGAAAAUGAAGCUGCUCCAGUUGGUAGAGGUGCUAGGGAAGUCACAAGUGAGAUUCGACGUUAUCUCUGGCCGAAUAACGAAUUUCCGUUCAUUGCUAUAUGGGACUUACCUGGUGGUGGUACAACAAGACAUCCGAGUGCGACAUAUUUCGAUGACAAUAUACUUUACGCAUUUGACAGCAUAUUGUUGCUAACAACUUCUCGUUUUACUGAGGUAGAUUUUCGUAUAAUGGAAAAGGCCUGUGAAUACAGAACGCCUAUCAUUUUAGUUCUUACAAAAGUUGAUCAAGAGAUUAUUAAAGAACACGAGGAUUAUCCAGAAAAAUCAUUACAACAAGCAAUUGAUGACGUGGUGUCCGAAUUAAAAGACGCAGUUCAGCAAAAACUACGUGAUGACAAUCCAAAAUUAGUUGAUAUUCCAAUUUACGCCAUAUCGGCAACAAAAUUUCGUAAAGAAUUGAGUGGACAGGUAGCAAACGAUUGUUCUUCCUUAGAAAUGUGGCUUCUUAUUGAUUACUGUUUACAGACUGCCUAUAAUCGACGCCAAUCAACCAUAUAA